UGCACAUUAAACACUUCAGUCUCUUCUAAUUUUGUAUCAAUCAUCAUAAACCCUAAUUUACAUUCAAAUAUAAUUUUAUUUUAAUUAAUAAUAAUGAUUAAAUUUAAAAUUAAUCUGCUUGUAAUACUAAUAUUUGCCAUACAUUUCGCACCUGCGCUUUCCGAUCUGCUCAUCUCUAAGCUUGAUCGCCGGAUUGAUUUGACUUCGCAGAUUGUGCGGAUGACGUUGACCUUGAGGGUAGAAAACACUGGUCCUGAUCCGGUUUCAGAGUUCUCUUUCACCUUCCCCUCACACCAAGCAGAUAAUUUGGCACUUUUUGUGGCUGUUAGUACAGAAGGAAAAGGGAAAAAUAGAGGUUCUGCUACAAAUCUACCCCUUGAAGUUAAGCAGCCCGCUGAUUCACCACCGUCACUGGUUUGGUAUGUUGCAUCUCUGCCCAAGGCCCUGGGUAAAGGAGAAAGUUUGAACAUAGAUGCUUUGGCGGUUUUUACUCAUAUGUUACGACCAUUUCCCGAGAAAAUCACUCAAGCUGAACCUCAGCUCUUUUUGUUCCAAGAUACCGCACAUUUUACCUCACCUUAUAACGUUAAAUACCAAACACUUGUCGUCAAACUGCCUAGUGAAAGUGUAGAAUCGUAUACCAAGAUUGAAAACGCCAAGUUUUCUGGAUCGGAUAUCAAAUAUGGUCCUUCUGAGAAUCUUCCAGCCAUGUCAUAUUUGCCAGUAAUUGUUCACUUUCCAAGUAAUAAGCCAUUUGCGGUGGCAAAAGAGUUGGUGCGAGAAAUAGAGAUCUCGCAUUGGGGAAAUGUACAAGUGACUGAACAUUAUAACCUUAUACAUGGUGGUGCCCAAAGCAUUGGUGAAUUUUCACGGCUGGACUUCCAGACCAGACCGAAUGUGCACGGGGCAUCAGCAUUCAGAAAUCUUAUUGCCAUGUUACCCCCAAGAGCCCAUUCUAUUUAUUACAGGGAUGCCAUUGGAAAUAUUUCAACAUCUAAUGUAUAUGGUGAUUCAAGCAAGACACUACUCGAAAUUGAACCCCGGUAUCCUAUGGUUGGUGGUUGGAAAACUUCAUUCACAAUUGGGUAUGGUUUGCCUCUUCAAGACUACUUGUUUCAGUCAGGGGGAACCCGUUUCCUUAAUUUCACUUUCGGUUCACCUAUGAAUGAUGUGCUCGUUGAAAACCUCACUGUAAAGGUUGUUCUGCCUGAAGGAUCAAAAGAUCUAUCUGUUUCAGUUCCUUUCCCUGUAAAACAGUCUCAAGAGACAAAAUAUUCUCACUUGGAUAUUGCUGGUAGACCCACAAUUGUAGUAGAGAAGGUGAAUGUCGUCCCAGAGCAUAACCAGUAUUUCCAGGUUCACUAUAGGUUCAGUAACCUUUCAUUACUUUCAGAACCAUUGAUGUUGAUAUUUGGGUUUUUCUCCCUAUUUGUUGCAUGCAUCAUCUAUAUGCAUGCUGACUUUACCAUCUCAAAGUCUUCUCCUUCAUAUCUGGCGAAACUGCAAUGGGAUGAGGUUCUGGGAACUAUUCAGCAACUCCAAGAUGUUAUAAAUCGGUGCCUAUCAAUCCAUGAUAAGCUAGAAGCUUCGUUACGAGCACUCUCUAGGACAGGUGACGUCCAAGCUUGUAAAGCAGUCCGGAAAUCUGCUGACAGUUUGUUGAAAGAUCUUUCUAAAGAAUCCAAGCCCCUUUUGGCUUUCCUUCAAUCUUCUCCACAAGCUGCACAUAUAUUACCUAAGGUGGAGGAGUUGGUUGUCAAGGAGAGAGAUUUACAAGAAAAGAUUAUGCUAAAACACACGACAGUGGUGGAAUCUUAUGAGAAGAAAUCCGGGGGACGAGAUAUUGAAAAUCGUGUGGCUUCAAUCCAGCAGAAGAUCUCAGCCUUGAAACAAGAAGUGGAUGAUCUUCUUGAGUUUGUUGAAAAUAUCUAGCCCGUGAUGUAGGUUCUGUUCAGAUUUUUUCUUUGUUACUCAUCAAGUAGUAUCAGCUGAUAGAAUUGAUAGUUCUCACGGAUUUUGGAGAUGUUUUGCUCAUUAUGAUGACCUUAAUUGAGUAGUUUACGAACCUAGAUUUUUCUCUUUGAAAAACAUUGCGAAGCCAACUUCAUAUAUAUUAAGAUUUAUAAUUAUGUCAUUACAUUA